AUGAGCUUCGUCUUCCGUGUCUCCCGUCCACCACCCAAAUCGCCCACCGUUUUUCCUAUUGGCUACUUCGCCCCUGGUGUUCCCCUAAAAGGCACACCUUGCGAGAAAUUCAGUCACGUGGAAGUAAUCAUGCUUGCUCAUCCGCCAAGGCUCAACAGAGGAGCAAUCUCGUCCCAACAUGAAAGCCUUUCAUAUGAAAGGCCGCGCCCAAUCGUAGGAAAAGCCUGCCCAUCUUCUGCCCCCCCCGCUCCCCCUCCCCCAAUCCAGCGCCCCCGAAGGAAAAGCAGACGCCACGUGCGCCCUACCAUAAACCCAUCAAUCGCUAUAGUUUCGCUUUUGGCAGGCUCGAAGGCAGCCUUCAUUGGCCCUCCAAGGGCGGCCUCUACCACCAAACCGCCAAAACCAAAGUAUCGCAACUACAGCCGAAUCGAACAUGAUGAUGGGAAGAAGAGAAAUGGGGUAAAGGGCGCCUUGUGCUGGGAAAAGAAGAAUGUAUAUCGUAAAAGAACUCUGGUCGCUGUCCCGCCAGAGGAAGGCCGUACGGGUCCGGAAGGCGCCCCGACGCCAGAGCUGCUGCGAGAAACCGAUGGAGAGACGAGACUGCCCGAAGAUCCAGGACGACUGUUGCUUCGGGGCCUGGUGUCGGCGCUGCGAAAAGCGAGCACAAACAAGUCAGAUCUUGAAACCGAAUCCAAUGCAAUUCUCAACAAGAGGAAAUUGGCCUAG